AUGGCAAUGUGUUCUUCCAGUAGCGGAAAGUUCCAGUGGGAUCGGUGCAAAGAUUGGCUAAUUGACAUUCCAGGAGACUUUGAGCUUGAUCCUGAUCUGUGUUGUAUUUAUAGAGUCCCUAAACAUAUUCGUAAAGUGAACGAAGAAGCCUACACUCCUCAAAUAGUUUCAAUAGGCCCUUUUCACUAUGGUAAAGAAGAAUUAGAAUUCACGGAAAAGCAAAAAGGGAGAUACGUAAGAGAGUUUUCCAGACGAACAACUGAUGAGAAAUGUGAGCAAGUUUUAGCCUUUGUCAAAUACAAUGAGAAACGUAUACGAAAUAGUUAUGCAGAGACCUGUAAGCUUGAGAGUCAUGAGUAUGUAAAGAUGAUUCUACGUGAUGCUAUUUUUAUCAUAGAGCUCAUCCGGAGGAAUGGUAAUGAUGCUAGCGACUCUUUGUUAAGUAUACCAGCACAAAAAAUUGCUUUAACGUUGGACUUGCUAUUACUGGAAAAUCAACUUCCAUAUUUUUUACUUGAGAAUUUAUACGAGUUAAUUACCGGUAGCCCUAGUACUUCCUUCAGUGGUCUUUGUUUUCAUUUCUUCGUGGAUCAUUUGUUUAAUAGUACUCCUGUAGCUGAGGAAACAAACUUUAAACAUUUCACCGAUUUGCAAAGAAUUGCUCUAGUGGAAGGACACCUUGAACAGACGUCACAGCAGUUAAGUGGUGCUCUAGUGGAAGGACACCUUGAACAGACGUCACAGCAGUUACAUCGACUUGAUGAUGUUGAUUUGCCUAGUGCCGCGAAGCUACGUGAAUCAGGAGUGAAAUUCAAACGUGUUGAUGAGCCAAGGAGAAGCUUGCUUGACAUAAAAUUUGAAAGAGACGAGUUGGAAAUACCACAGUUAAAAGUUCAAGACGGGACAGAAACUAUACUUCGAAACAUAAUGGUUUUGGAGCAAUGUCACGAUGAUUAUGAGACUCUCGUGUGUGAUUAUGUUGAACUACUAGACUCUCUUAUAGAUACCAAAAGCGAUUUGGAUUUGCUUAUAAAGGAGGGAAUUAUUUGCAAUUGUAUGGGCGACAGUACGGCGACAGUAAGUUUGUUUAACAAGCUUUGCACAAACAUUCUUUUAUAUAGAGUUCAUUACCAAGGGAUUUCUAACCAACUGAAAGUACACUAUGAUAGUUCUUGGAACCAUACCUCGACAAAAUUGAAAAGUGUGUAUUUCAGUGAUCUUUGGAGAGGUACAGCAACUGUUGCAGCUGCUUUAAUCUUGCUGCUCACUUUUAUACAAACCAUUUCUUCUGUCAUGCAUUAG